GAAUUAUCUUUUCAAGUAACUUAACGACUAUGCUAGUUAGACUGACAGUUCAUCUACAAACAAUUGAACCACUUAAACUCUAACUCAAGGUAGAUUAUUAAAAGAAUGUUUGUUUAUUGAUAAAUAAACAACUUCAGAGAUUAAAACGCCUACUGACCUUGUAGACUUUAAAAAAUAAAUUUUAUUUUCGACCAAAUUUAUUGUGACUAACCUGAAAAGCGCGUUCUAUGAAGAUGUUGUUACAGCAUCAGCUGUUUUUCGUGCAUACAUUCAUCGUUGAUGUGUUUUGAGUUGCAUGACCUUAUAUUACAUUUGUCCUGAAAAUAUCUUGCGGAAAUAAACAAUCUUUAGUGUAAAGAAAAACAUGUCCGGUUUCGUGAAAAUGUGUGAACUUUGUGGUGGUCAAAUUAGUGAACAGUCAGAAUUUUCCUUCGAGGACAUGAUCACUAACUGGUUAGAUGAAAAUCCUGAAUUCGCUUUCAAGUACUUUGUCAAAUCAGCAUCUCCAAGCAUGGUUGAAGCCUGGGCUAAUGGACGUAAUCAUAGUGAAUCUGAUGGCCUCUUUGAUAACUCAAUAAAUGUCUUGGACGAGCAUAAUGAUAAAAAUGAUGAUAAAAUUUCUGUGACUACUUCUCUAUCACUACCAAUACGUAAGAUAAGCAGCCAGGAUUUGGAAUUAACCCAUGACAAGCGUAUUUUAUCUUCUAACGAAGAUGGAAAGCCCACAUUUAUAAACUCUGUGUUCUUUCCUUCCCCUGCCACUGAACACAUCGAUUUAAAUGCUAGUCCUGCUCGUCAAACUGUGCCUUCACCAAGUCGACCAACACAUCCAACUGAGAGAGAUUUGAUAAGUGAACUUGCUUUGGAUAUUUGUCAUGAACUUGACGUGACAUCUUUAUGCUUUAAAAUUGUCCAGAAUGUUUGUAGACUAAUUAACGCUGAUCGUGGAUCAUUUUUCCUUGUGGAAAAGUCACGUUCAACCGGUGAGGAUGUUCUUGUUAGUAAACUUUUUGACAUUACAUCUGAGUGUAUAUUGGACGAUGUUUUACAACGAUGUUCCUCUAAUCACAUCAUUGUUCCUUUUAAUGUUGGUGUAACCGGCUACGUCGCACGAACUGGAGAUUACGCGAAUAUUCCGGACGCAUAUGCUGAUCCUCGAUUUGAUGAUUCCGUAGAUCGUGUAACAGGAUAUAAAACGCGCUGCCUUUUAUGCAUGCCUAUAAAAAAUGUUGACGGAAAAGUGUUAGGUGUUGCAUUGGUUAUCAAUAAGACAGUUCCUUCUGAUCAGCAUCAUGAUCAAGGUAUUAACUCAGUUCAACCUAGUAGUUGUGAGAGUGAACCAAUCAGGAAACAUGCGUCAUUCACCGAAGAAGAUGUAAAAAUAUUUCAAUCAUAUGUUACUUUCUGUGGUAUUGGAUUACACAAUGCACAAAUUUAUGAACAGAGUCGUUUAGAAACUUAUCGGAACCAAGUACUUUUGGAACUUGCACGAAUUAUAUUUUCAGAACAACUUGAUAUAACUCGUCUUAUUUAUUCAGUAUUAUCACACACAAUUUGUUUACUACAAUGUCAACGUUGUCAAUUACUUUUGGUGAAAACAACUUCAUCUAUGUCAUCCUAUUCUUCAAUUGAUGAGAUGGGACCAUUUCAUGAUCAUUUCUCACAAAUCUUUGAAUUAGCAUGGAAUGAAAAAUCAGAUUCGCCUGAUGUUAAGAAAAAAAAGCAUAGUAUCGACGAAGCUCGAUUCCCUGUUCAGUUAGAUUUGGCUAUUCACGUAUUACAAACUGGUGAAUCUCUUCAUGUCAAUAUAAAUGGUACCACUACUAGUUCGAAUAAUAAUAACAAUAAUACUAAUAAUAAUGAAUAUAGGAAAAUUGACAAAACGCUUGAAGAAGAUUUAGAUCCAGUUUGGAGAAGUCGUUCUGUUCUCUGUAUGCCAAUUAAACAUUCCGAUGGUAAAGUAUUAGCUGUAUGCAUAAUAACAAAUAAAUCAACUGUUGAUUUGAGAAUCAAUAAUAAUAAUUUCAGUCAACAAGUUAAGCAUCAAUUCGAUUUCAAACCAGUUACAGAUAGCAUUCAAUAUUCAUCAAAUGAUAAUUUAUCAUCUAAAGAACCCAUUACGAUGUCUUCAUCAAUUAACAAUUGGUCUGGAAUAUUUACUUAUUCGGAUGAAUUUUUAUUUGAAGCAUUUGCUUUAUUUGUUGGUUUGGGUAUUUCAAAUAGUCAACUGUAUGAAAGAGCUAUAAGAAGUGCGGCAAAACAAAAAGUUAUCAUGGAUGUUCUGUCCUAUCAUGCUACAGCGCCGACAUCUGAGGCUAAACGCCUAGCUACAUCACUAAUACCGACUAUGAGAUUUUAUCAUUUAGAUAAAUUUUCAUUUACUGAUGUACGAUUAUCAGAUGAAGAUACUCUGAAAGCAUGUAUACGAAUGUUUCAGGAAAUGAAUUUUAUGAAAUCAAUACAUUUCGAUCAGUUAUCAUUUGCUCGUUGGCUAUUAUCUGUACGUAAAAAUUAUCGUGAAGUUACUUAUCACAAUUGGCGUCAUGCAUUCAAUGUGACUCAGACAAUGUUUUGCAUAUUACUAAAAGGUGAUUUUCAGUCAGUAUUUACAGAUCUUGAGUGUUUAGCGUUGUUAACUGCUUGUCUAUCUCAUGAUAUCGAUCAUCGUGGUACAGAUAAUCAGUUUCAAAUUAAAACAAUGUCUCCAUUAGCUAAACUAUAUUCUACAUCGGUUCUUGAACAUCACCAUUUCAAUCAGUUCAUGAUGAUACUAACCAUAAAGGGUAAUAACUUUUUAUGCAAUCUAAACAGAUCAGAAUAUGAUACUGUUGUGAAAUUAAUUAGAGAAGCUAUAUUGGCUACAGAUCUAUCAAGAUAUUUUGCUAGACUACCGAAAUUUCAACAAACUUUGCAUAAUUUGAAAGAAAUUAAUGAUCACUCUACAAAUUUAUGGCGAAAUGAUCGCGAACAACGUUUAUUACUUGGUUGUAUGUUUAUGACAGCUUGUGAUGUUUCAGCCAUAACAAAACCAUGGCCAGUACAAAAAUUGACAGCUGAAAUGGUUGCCAAUGAAUUUUUUGAACAAGGUGAUUUGGAAAAAGAACGACUGAACGUAACACCAGCUGCAUUAAUGGAUCGUGAACGUAGUAAUGAACUUCCAAAACUGCAAGUCAGCUUCAUCGACUCAAUUUGUAUGCCGAUUUACGAGGCUAUUGUACAAGUUUCUCCAAAUUUCGAACCAUUACUAAAAGGCUGUAAACGUAAUCGUACAUGUUGGCUUAUUCUAUCUGAAAAUGGUGAAGUUGAUCAUUCAUUAUAUGGAUUAAAUGAUGAAUCAGAGACUACACCAGGAACAUUAGUUGGAACUACGGGAAAAUCGAUCACAACAACAACAACGGAAGAAUCAGCACACCUAGAAAAUGUAAACAUAUCCACAUUUGGUAUUAUUACAUCAUUAGGUACAUUGAAUCCAGAUUCAGCUGAACGUAUUGCAAAAAGUAAACCAUUUACAUCAUCAAAUAUUCGUAGAGCUUCUGUAUCAUCAAUGACUACAGUUGGGGGUCAGGAACCACCGAUACAAUGUCAAUCAUCUGUUGAAUCCAAAUAAUGCAUUGAUACAUACACUUGCAUACAUAUUCAUAUAUACUACACACAUUUUGUUUUACCGAUUCACGUGAAUCGACUUAUUCCAGUAUACUGUCUUUCAGGUGUGUUUGUGUGUGUUUAUAAAUGUGCGCGUGCAUGUGCGUUGAUGUUUAUCCGCUUUUAUUUUCACAUCUGUCUUUUGUGUUAUUCGUAAACACGGAGAAUAAUAUAAGAAAGUUAUUAGUGGAUAAUGGAAUGCACUGUUACCACUGAAUAGAUUAAAUAUGUAUUUCUUUUACUAAUAGUACAUAUUUGUAGAGAGGGAAGGGGUGAGGGUAUAUAUUUGUAUGUCUGUGAGAGAGAGCGAGAUCUCUCAAUGUAUAGCUUGUCUGUACAGCAAAUGUAAUUAAUGAUCACUUCACUUUCCAAUUACGUUUUAUUUUCUCAUUUUUUUCUUUAUUUUUAUUGAUAUUCUAUGACGUAAUUCAGAUAGUUUAUUGAUUUCUCAUCUUUAAUUAUGCCUUUUGUUGUUAGGCCUUGUGUUUCUGUUUUACAACCUAAUCUAUCUAUCUGUUUUUGCCAUGACGACAAAUCUCUGAAUGUAUACAUGCAUGUGUGUGUGUUUGUGUGCGUACCGUUUGUUGAAACAGCAUUCUUUUCUUAUUUAAUUAUUUAUUUAUUCAUUUUAUUUUUUUCGUUUUUGUGUUGUUGAACAAAAUGUUGUUCUUAGUUUAAAUGAAAUACAAAGAAUAGCAUUAACUCUACGACCUUUACAUUCAGUCUAAAUUGCGUGAUUAUGUAUUGUUUUACUGCACAGUCAGCACUGUAUUCUUUUUACAUCAUAAUAAUGUAUUGUGAAUAUCAGUAUUAUUUUAGUAUGUUUACAAGGUAUUCAGUCUAGUAUUUUUGCUCUCUACUGAAAUGAAUUAUGUAAAAUUAAUGUAUUUGUUUGUUUGUGCCAUGAAGGAACAAUUCCUUUUGGUUGAUGUUAUUGUUAUUGUCCUCAUCUUGGUUAAUUUAUUCUUCACCCUACAGUUUUCAAAUUUGUCUUCUUUUCAUUCCUCAUCAUGAUUGUUUAAACUGUUUGUUUCUUUAUUUAUUUUUCGUUAGUGUAAGUACUAUUUUCUUCUUGCAUUAUUUGUUAUUAAAGGCUGUGAUUAUUUUCCCAUUUACCUAUGGUAUAUAUAACUAAGUUUUAGUGAUGGACAUCUAUACAAAUGUAAACAUUUAAUGUGGGUAUCUUUUUAAUGAGACAAGAUUGAAAAAUAUAACUUCUUUUUUUAUUACGACAAUAGAUUCACAUGUUUGGUUCCCACUGAUACUAUUCAUCAGCUAAAAUAACAUCUGAUGUUAAUGUGUAUUUCUUACAUAUUUAGUGUUAGAGAUUUAAAUUGUACCUUGGUGUAAGAGUUUAUUCUUAAUGUGUUUUGAUAGUUUUAUACUUAGCAUACAUAAAAACUUGUACAACUUGUGACCAAAAGUAGUAUGCACCACACUAAAUAAAGAGAUAUUAUGAGAAAAUAAAGGAGAGAAAGAGACUACCCAAAAAAAAGAGUAAACAAGAACAGGAAAUAUAAUUCAG